CAACUCAAUGGUGACAGACAUUCUUUGAUUCAAGUUGCUGAUAAGUUUUUAAUUUUUAUUUAAACUUUAUUUAACCAGGAAGUCCCAUUGAGAUUAAAAAACCCUUUUUCAGGUGCUGCUACAAAAACACAAGGAACCACCUUCCAGGAAAAAUGCAGAAGACAAUGACCAGUGUGAUUUUCAUAUGGCUGCUACCACUGACAGCUGGCAGCACAGUAACAUCUGCUCUGCCCAACAACUCGACCAACAUAACAGCAGAUCAGCUGACAACACAGAUGUCAACCUUGGAGCAAAUCUCAGAGAGUUUGGGUCUUAAAGUGACAACAUCCACCACUGAAGAUGUGAAUCCAACACACAGCAGAAGCAGGUCAACACAUUCACUCUCUUCACUUCUAACAACUCAAACACCUCCUGCUACAACAACCCAAAACAACCAAACAGCAGCAACUCUGCUUUCUUUCAGUCAAACUGUCUUGAGUAGCUCGACAGAAAAAACAAAUACUCAGAAAUCAAUGAUUCUGACCAGUCAAAACAGCAGCGAAACCAUUUCUUCAACUGCACCUUUAGUACAAAUACUCUCCACUCAAAGUCGUGGUCCUGAGAAGUCAUCAGCAUCUAAAACGACCUCUCUGUCUGCUCCUACUUCCCAGUCAGUAUCCUUUAGCUCUGCUGCAACAUCUACCAAAGCUGACACAUCUACAAGUUCACAUUCAGUCACCCACACCUCAGGUCCCGAUAAAACCACAGCUGGAAGAACAUCCACAUACAUCCCUGAGGCCAUGUCGGGGAACCAAACAAACUCCAGUAAAAUAGUAGCAGGGAUCAUAGGUGGAACCUUGUGUUUGAUGAUGGUGGGGUUCCUGGUCAUCUACGUAAAGAAAAACAGACUUCAGAAGCAGCAGCUAACAACAACAGACUGGGCCGGCCCUUCUCCGUUUUUAGAGAGUGACAAUGAAAAUGCCAAGAUUACUCUAAGGUCAUCCAACCGAAUCUCCUUAUCCAGUUUUUUGCCUCAGAGACUGUCCAAAAGACUCUCUUUGCUUCCAGAAAGAGAUGAGGAGUUACAGGACAUGACUCCCACUGCUACAUUUGGAGGGAAACAUCUAGAGGGCAUAUCUGGUCCAGCUGCAAAUGAAAAGAAUGUCCAGGAACAAACUGCAUCUGUUGUUGUGGAUUCAGAAGACAAAAACAAAGGUCAAGGUGCAGAGACGAGUGAAAACUGUGUUUCAGAGAGCUCCACAAAAAAUAACAGCAAUCAUUCAGAGGCUGCCAACCUGAACUAAACCAAUCUGUUAAUUUUAUCUCCAGAAAAGUCAUCAACUCUACAAAGAGAUCCACCAUUAACAGCAACUCUACAAAGAGAUCCACCAUAACCAGCAACUGUACCAACAGAUCCCCCAUAAACAGCAACUGCACCAAUAGAUCCAACACAAACAGUAACUGUACCAACAGAUCCCCCAUAAACAGCAAGUGUACCAAGGCAUCCACCACAAAAAGCAACUGUACUAACAGAUACACCACAACCAUCAACUCUACCAAGAGAUCCACCAAAAACAGCAACUGUACCAAUAGAGCCACCAUAAACAGCAACUGUACCAAUGGAUCCACCAUAAACAGCAACUGUACUUGGAUCCACCAUAAACACCAACUGUACAAACAGAUCCACCACAAACAGCAGCUUUAUUUGGCUUUUUUACUGCAGUUUAAUCCUGUGUUAACUGUUAUUUGCUUGCUUUUUAUGUCAGGUAUCUCUGUGAUUGGUUUGAAAAGUGACAAAUAAAAUGCAUUUUCACUAGCUA